AUGGUUGCCAGCGUUCCUCUCUUACAGUCUGUCCUCGGCGUUGUACGCUUCAUCAACCUCACAGACUUGUUUGCACCAAGUCUGUCGCCGGGUGCUCAGAUUAUCUUGCCUACCGACCCAAAUUUCGCCUCCAGAGUGACCCAGCGAUGGACUGAUUAUGACGCCCCAUCGUACAUUGGCGCCAUCAAGCCCGCUACCGAGACCGAUAUCCAAAACAUUGUAACAAUCGCAGCGGCAAACGAAAUCCCUUUUCUCACCACGGGCGGUGGUCAUGGUAUAUCCGACUACCACGCUUUCAAUGGCCUUUCGAUUGAUCUGAGUAAUUUCAAUUCCGUGCAUCUGGAACCUUCCGAGAACCGCCUUACCAUCGGUGGGUCCGCGAAGAUUUGGCAGUUGAUCAAGCCCUUACAUGAUGCCGCAAAAGAGUUUCCGCUGGGCUCAUGCGAAUGUGUGGGCAUAGUUGGAGCUACUAUGGGUGCUGGCAUAUCUUCUCUCCAGGGCCAUCGCGGGCUCAUGCUGGAUGCUUUGGAGUCUGUCCGGUUGGUGACUGCAGAUGGGAAGAUUGUCGAGGCAUCCAAGACCCAAAAUCCCGACCUCUUCUGGGCCAUUCGCGGCGCUGGCAGCAACUUUGGCGUUGUCACCUCGGCGACCUACAAGAUAUAUAAUGCUUCAAACAAUCAGUACGCCAUGAAUGCCGACUUUGUCUUCCCAGCCAUCGCGAAUCAAAGUUUCUGGCAGAUCAUGAAGUCCUUCGACCACACGCUGCCUUCUCGUCUUGCCCUGACCGCUGUUGCAUUUUAUGAUCGGAUCAAUAAUCAACCAGUGAUUGCCCUCAAUGCAGUCUUCUUCGGGCCUCUCGAAGAAGGCGACCGGUAUCUGUGGCCAUUCAAGGCCCUUAACCCCACGCGGAGCAAUGUCAGCCUGGUUCCAACAAAAGACUUGAUGGAUGCGGCAUUCUUCAAUUUCUUUGGUAAAGACAACGGAGCAUGUCUCCCCAAUCAGCACAUCAAUAUCUACACGGUUGGGCUCAAACAGAUUGACCCAUCUACCUUUGAAUCAUUUUUCGCCAACCUGACGGAUUUCUGGGUCGCCAAUCCCGAUUUUCAAGGCCGCUUGCUGCUGCAACGGUAUCCCAGUCAGGCUGUCCAAGCAGUUCCAGACACUGAGACCGCCUAUGCGUAUCGAGAUAUCAAGACAUACAUGAACAUCGAAGGCUUCUACACGGACAAAGAUCUCGACGAUGCUGUGAACUCAUUCGCGAGGCCCGCACGCGAUGCAUUCGCCAAGACGAGCGGCUUAGAGACCCUGGCAACCUACUCCAACUACGCUCAUGGAGAUGAAGGUCCCGAAGCAUGGUAUUCGGCACGGAAAUUGCCCCAGCUGUCAGCGUUGAAGCGGAAAUGGGACCCGGAUCAGUUAUUUAGCUGGAAUAACCCUGUGCCCUUGCAUUGGCCCUGA